CAUUUUGUUUAUUGUCCCUGAGCGUGGACUCGUGGAGCAGAACAAGGAACAAACAUAGUAUUUUAUUGUAAUUAGAUUAGCGCAAGAAUCGUGAAAAUGUGUUUUUAUUAAUAUCGCAGUUGACAAAAUCAUAUUGCUGAUAACAUGACGCAAUAUUUACCACCGAAUUUGUUGGCUUUGUUUGCUCCACGCGAUCCAAUCCCGUAUUUGCCACCGGCGUCAAAGCUCCCCCAUGAAAAGAAAAAUUGCGGAUAUUUGGGCGUCGGAUCGUUUCUCAAAUUCUUUGAGGAUCCGAAGGACACUCCACCUCCUUUGCGGGUUGAAACUCGAGAAGAGCGUCUUGAAAGACGAAAACGUGAACGUGCUGAGCAGACAGCUUACAAGUUAGAACAAGAAAUCGCUGUUUGGGAUCCUGCGGGGAAUCCAGCUGUGACUGCUGAUCCUUUUAAAACUCUCUUCAUUGCUCGUAUCAACUAUGACACCUCGGAGUCAAAACUCCGUAAAGAAUUUGGAGUUUACGGAACAGUGAAAAAGAUUGUGGUAAUUCACAAUACGAUCAAUGGAAAGCCCAGAGGAUACGCUUUUAUUGAGUAUGAACACGAAAGGGACAUGCACUCGUGGUGGCCGCUGCCGGCAACUAGUGCCGUUCGCUAUUCCAUGCAAUCCCUGAACCUGCCUGAUAUGAUAGCUGCAUACAAGCAUGCUGAUGGCAAAAAAAUAGGUGGACGACGAGUCUUAGUGGAUGUCGAACGCGCACGGACAGUGAAAGGGUGGCUUCCCAGGAGAUUAGGAGGAGGCCUUGGAGGUACAAGAAGAGGAGGUCCCGAGGUAAAUAUUAAACAUUCGGGCAGGGAAGACAACGAGAGGGAACGAGAGCGUUAUCGUCUGGAAAGGGAACGGGAAGCCACUGGCCGUUUCGACAGAGACAGGGAACGUGAUCGUGGUGGUGUGGAUAGGGAAAGGCGACGAUCUCGGGAAAGAAAGCGAAGAAGCAGGACUAGAUCUCGAGAUCGGAAGAAGAGGCGCAGUCGGGAAAGAGGAAUUGAUCCUGAUAUUGAGGAAAUCGAGCGUCCUCCUCGGGAGCGGCGAGAGAGAGGAGAAAGAGGCGAGAGAGAUCGGGACCGUGAGCGCAAAAGAAGACGAUCAAGGAGUACUGAGAGGGAUCGGGACAGGGAAAGGAAAAGGGACAAACGUGAUGGUGAUCGCGAGCACCGAAACAGGAAAGAGCGUAGCGAGCGUCCGGAUGAAGAUGUCAAAGUUCUCAUCAAGGAAGAACCGCUUGACGAUUAUCCCGAGUACGACAACAAUUAUUCGAACCCAGCUUAUUUUAAUGAUGUGAAGUAUGAAAACGAUGAAGAAGAGGAGAAAUAUAGAAUUCCUGAUAGGAGUAUGUAUGACGCGCUGGAAUCUUCAUGAUAAAUUAUUCAAAUAAUUAUUAAUUAACAUUGUGUACAUUAAAAAUAAAAUUACGUGGAUUUCAAAAUGCAA